AUGCGUAUCAAUAUUAAUAAAAAAACAAAUACACAUCUCUAUUCUUACUGACCUCCGUUUUCCCGCACCUUCCUCUCACGCACAAAAAAAUGUUCAUCUUCAUCACCAUCUUCGGUUUCUUCGCCAUCUUCUUCCUCCUCCGAACACUCCGCCUGCAAAAUCUACGACACUGCAACUGCGAAAUCUGCCAUGCAUACAUCACUUCGAGCUGGAGAAACGACUUCGACAACCUCUGCGACUGGUACUCCCAUCUUCUCCGGCGAUCUCCGACGUUGACCAUCCAAGUCCACGUCCUCAACAACGUCAUCACCGCAAAUCCCGAUAACGUCGAACACGUCCUCAAGACCCGUUUCGACAACUACCCUAAAGGCAAGCAGUUCUCCGACAUCCUCGGAGACCUCCUCGGGCGCGGGAUCUUCAACUCCGAUGGAGACACGUGGCGCUUCCAGAGGAAACUCUCCAGCCUCGAACUCGGCAGCGUCUCCGUCAGGAUCUUCGCUCACGACAUCAUCAAGAACGAGAUCGAGAUGAGGCUUGUCCCUCUCUUGAACUCUUUCGGCGAUCAUGGUCUUGAUCUUGAUCUUCAAGAUGCUUUUCGGAGAUUCUCGUUCGACACGAUUAGCAAAUUGUCAUUUGGGUUCGAUCCGGUUUGUCUCCGGUUACCGUUAACCUCGUCGGAGUUGGUGGAUGCGUUCGACAUGGCGUCCACGUUGUCCGCACAUCGAGCGUUGGCUCCGUCUCCGUUGUUUUGGAAGAUCAAACGGUUCUUGAACAUUGGUUCGGAGAAGAAGCUGAAGCAAUCUAUCGAUGUCAUAAACCGGCUAGUCGGAGAUUUGAUAAAGCAACGGCGGAAAAAGGGUUCGGGGAUGAACAACAACGACUUGAUCUCGAGAUUCAUGGCGGUUGUCGGAGACGACGACGAAUAUCUACGAGACAUCGUUGUUAAUUUCCUCUUAGCUGGUCGGGACACGGUUGCUGCCGGUUUAACCGGGUUUUUUUGGCUGUUAAACCGGCACCCGGAAGUGGAGAACCGGAUUCGGGAAGAAUUGGAACGGGUCAUGGGUCCCGGUUUAGACCCGGUUACUGCGAGCUUUAAUCAGAUGCAAGAAAUGAAUUAUUUGCACUCGACGGUUUACGAGAGCAUGAGACUUCUCCCGCCGGUCCAAUUCGACUCGAAAUUUGCCCUAAACAACGACAUUUUGGCUGAUGGCACGUUCGUGGAGAGCGGGGCGAGGGUGACGUACCAUCCGUACGCGAUGGGUCGGAUGGAUCGGGUCUGGGGACCGGACUGCGAGGAAUUCAGACCCGAGAGAUGGCUGGAUAGUGCUGGUAAAUUUAGACCCGAAAACCCGGUUAAAUACCCGGUUUUCCAAGCCGGGCCUAGGGUUUGUGUCGGAAAAGAUAUGGCGAUCAUGGAGAUGAAGUCGGUUGCCGUGACGAUUAUACGAAGAUUCGAAAUUCGAGUUGUGGGUUCUAACCCGAUUUCUCGGGCUCCACGGUUCGCGCCAGGGCUCACGGCCACCGUGAGCGGUGGUUUACCGAUUAGGGUUCGGGAAAGAAGAGGUUAAUUAAAUCAAGUUAAGAUCUUAUUAUUAAAUUAGUUUCCCAUAUUAAAUUAGGUUCUUGAAUUCAUGCACACAGUAUUAGUUGCCCAUAUUUUCAUCUUUGUUUUCCAGUCUUUUCCUUGGUUUUGAAACUUAAGUUAUGUAAAUAUAUUUGUAAAAUAUGUUUGACUUUACGCAAGUAGAAAAUAAAAUUAUAUCAAUUAGAGGAUUCCCUCCAACGAAAAAUGAG